CCCGGCAGUGCGGCCCCGGCGCGGAGCUGGGAGCCUCGGCCAGCGCCCGGCGCCCGCGCCCCCGACCCGCAGCCAUGGUGCCCGGGGCGCCCCUGACCCUCUGCCUCUGGCUGGCGGCCUCCGGGGGAUGCCUGGCGGCCGGCUCUGGCGCGACGGCCGCCCGGCGGCUGGACGAGUCGCUGUCGGCCGGGAGCGUCCAGCGCGCCCGCUGCGCCUCCAGGUGCCUCAGCCUGCAGAUCACGCGCAUCUCCGCCUUCUUCCAGCACUUCCAGAACAACGGUUCCCUGGUUUGGUGCCAGAAUCACAAGCAAUGUUCUAAGUGCCUGGAGCCCUGCAAGGUGUCCUGGGACCUGCGGAAGCAGCAGUGCCAGAGCUUCUGUGAGCCUCUGUUCCCCAAGAAGAACUAUGAAUGCCUGACCAGCUGUGAGUUCCUCAAGUACAUCCUGUCGGUAAAGCAGGGGGAUUGCCCAGCUCCCGAGAAAGCCAGUGGCUUUGCCGCCGCCUGUGUCGAAAGCUGUGAAGCGGACAAUGAGUGCUCUGGGGUUAAGAAGUGUUGUUCCAAUGGAUGUGGACACACCUGCCAGGUGCCCAAGACUCUGUACAAAGGUGUCCCCCUGAAGCCCAGGGAGGAGUUACGAUUCACAGAACUGCAGUCCGGGCAGCUGGAGAUUAAGUGGUCCUCAAAAUUCAAUAUUUCAAUUGAGCCUGUGAUCUACGUGGUACAAAGAAGAUGGAAUUACGGAAUCCAUCCUAGUGAAGACGACGCCACGCAUUGGCAGACGGUAGCCCAGACCACGGAUGAGCGGGUCCAACUGACCGACGUACGGCCCAGCCGGUGGUACCAGUUCCGAGUGGCGGCCGUGAAUGUGCACGGGACCCGAGGCUUCACCGCCCCCAGCAAACACUUCCGCUCCUCCAGAGAUCCAUCGGCACCACCGGCCCCAGCCAACCUCCGGCUUGCAAACUCCACCAUCCACAGUGACGGAAGCGUGGCUGUGACGAUCGUUUGGGAUCUCCCCGAGGAACCAGACAUCCCAGUGCAUCACUACAAAGUGUUCUGGAGCUGGACGGUCAGCGGCAAGUCGCUGGUGCCAACGAAGAAGAGGAGGAGGAAGACCACGGGUGGGUCUCAGAAUUCUGUGACCCUCGAGCCGCUGCAGCCCAACUGCGUCUACACGGUGGAGCUGCAGGCUGUCACCUACUGGGGCCAGACGCGCCUCAAGAGCGCCAAGGCCUCCCUCCACUUCACGUCCACACACGCCGUCCACAACAAAGAACAACUUGGGAAAACUAGAAAAAGUGUGAUGCAAAUACAGCCUCCGUUUCAAAGACGACGGCCCACUCGCCUCCUGGAAAUCGGAGCUCCAUUCUAUCAAGACAACCAGCUGCAAGUGAAGGUGUACUGGAAAAAGACCGAAGAGCCCGGUGGCAGUCGGUAUCACGUGCAGUGGUUUCCAGAAGUCUGUGCCCACAACGAGUCUGCCGGGGCGGAGGCAUCCUCGGGCAUGACCCAGGAAAAUUACAUGAUUCUUCAAGAUCUGUCAUUUUCCUGCAAAUAUAAGGUGACCGUCCAACCCACACGGCCAAAGGGCCGCUUGAAAGCAGAAACCGUUUUCUUUACGACCCCGCCGUGCUCCGCUCUAAAGGGGAAAAGCCACAAGCACGUCAGCUGCCCCAGUGACGCAGGUCACGUUCAUUCCAAAGUGCACGCCAAGCCCGAGAACCUCUCGGCCUCCUUCGUGGUGCGGGACACGAACGUCACGGGGCGCUUCUCCUGGAAGACGAGCAAGGCCGCCGUCCAGCGGCCCGUGACCGGCUUCCACGUGACGUGGGCCGAGGCCACGACCGAGAGCAGGCAGAACGGCCUUCCCAACAGCAUCAUCUUGCAGUCCCAGAUCCUCCCGGCGGAUCGCUCCGUGCUCACGGUGCCAGGUCUGCGGCCGGCCACCCUCUACCGUCUGGAGGUGCAGGUGCUGACCGCGGGCGGGGAGGGACCCGCCACCAUCAGGACCUUCCGGACCCCCGACCUCCCGCCCUCGGCUGCACACAGACCCCACCUGAAACACCAUCAUUCACACCAUUACAAGCCUCCUCCAGAAAGAUACUGACCUGUUCCCGGAGACGCCUGAACCCCGAGCAAGCGUGUCAGCUCGCAGACCUUCGAGAACCAGCCGCGCCCGUUUACGGGAGCGCCAGGCCUUUCCCAUAGGACCUCCCGCCCCAUCUAACUUUACUGCACUAAACGCUUCUGUCUGUCUCGGACGCGCCUGGACACCAGGGACAAGUGGUGAGACGGUGGAGGUGGACACAGUUUCCUGUGAGAAUGGAGAAUACGAAGGCCAGGCCUGUUUCACUGCAAAAAUCUGUUUCCAUAUAUGGUUUAGCUAUAAUCUCAAGUGAAUUACUGCAGAUCUGAGACUUCCCUGAAUUUAGAGCAGCAAAUUCUCAAGAGAAACCGGCGUAACAAACACACAAUUUAUACACGUAAUAAGCAUACACAUAGUAACUAAGCAUCAAGUUACUCAAUAAACAUUUUGAAAUUAAA